AUGGGCCAUCAGAAUUCCAAGGUUAAUUUGGAUGAUAUUCGUAACAACGUGGUCUCCAGUUACCCUGGGAUAGAGGAGCAGUUGGACAUUGCCUUUGACUACCAUGAUCCGGAAAAGGCGGGUUUCAUCAGUUACAGUCUCGCGGAACCGCUUUUGAGACACCUGCUCAUCCAAUACGGACUGGUUGACUAUAUAAACAGAUUCACAAAUUCACAAGGUGAAAUGGAUCUAAAAUACGUUGCAGACUUCCUUUACUACAUCCCCGAACUCGAAUCUCAGUUGAAACCACUGCAAGAUAAUGUGGAAGUUGUUAUUACUGCGGGCCACUUGAAAUCUUUGGCAAUCAUUUGGCUUCAAAAAAUUGCAGAUGUGUAUCAUGCUGACCAAGCACAAUGGAAUAAGCAAGCUGAAAUAGAGAAACAUAUGCAACAUGAGAGUACAUGUGUUAACAGGUGCCAAAAUGAUCAGUUGGAACGGGAACAAUACAAUGAUCACUUGAAGCUGAGUUGUCAAGUUGGUUUCGAUCAGAACUUCAAUGGUAUGUACAAUGUCCCAAAUACGGACUUCCAGUUUGAGAACCAGGGAGUAACAAUGAAUUCCUACAUGAACCAAAUUCACAACAAUCCAUAUCAGAGUAAUGAUUAUGGAGUCAAAUGCUUUGUAUACCCAACUGCCAAUAUUCCUGGUGGAGUCUGUACCAGCGCCGGGGCUAUUUUACCCAUGAGAAGGCCUCGUUCCCCUCUUUACAAUGGGGUUAGACGCCAAAAGCAAAAACCUUUCACCAGGUGUUGCUAA